AUGCAUCACCAUUGCCCCGAUGGUCAUCUCUAGGGAUAUCAUUCCUAGCCUGGAUCACAUCCGGCGCGUUGAAAUAGCCGUCAGCUGACCCCGCUCGCUCUCCGGUCCCAUUCCGCCUGGCUGCUCCACUCGCAAUCCCACAGCCACGAUCCCACUCAAGACCCCCAACUCACCCACGCCCGUCCUCCCGCCUACCCCACAAGAUGUAAAGCGUCGGCUCAGCGUCCUAGUCCCCCGCGUCGACACGAGCGCCACCACCGCCGCUUCAGGCUCCACUUCCUCGGCAGGACAGUCCCGAUUCGCGCCUGCUUCUCCCUCGAUGCCGACUUCUCCGGGCGCCAACUUGAACGCUUCGAUGGGGUCCAAACAGGUGAGCGCGUUCGCAGCAAUACCAGUCAAGAAAAGGUCAGCACCUAACGCUGCGCCUGGACGGAAAAUUUUAUUCUCACAGGCCCAAGCUUCGUCUUCGGCACUUUCGUCCUCGGGCAUGUCUUCCACUUCCGAGGACGAAGCUGAUACGUCUUCUUCGACUACCGCCCAAGCUCGCAAUAAUCAGAAUAACGCACAAGUGCCCCUCUCCGCCAUCUCCGAAGCCGACUCGGGGACCGAUUCCGACGCCUCCUCCGACGCUGCAGGCGAACGAAGUCAUCGUCGUGCUCGAGGAUUAGGUGUUCCAGCUGAUCAAGUGACCAAAGCGAUGGAGAGGUUGAGGAUCAGUCGGGAGAGUAGUCGGCUGGCCGAGAGUGUGGCGCUCAAGGGGGGUUAUCUGAUGAAGAAGGGGGAGAGGAGGAAGGCUUGGAAGAGGAGGUGGUUCGUCUUGCGCGGUGGCCGGUUGGCGAUGUACAAGAAUGAAAAAGUGCGCAACUCACGUUUUCGGACCCUGUACAAGGCGUUGCUGACGGUGUUGGAGAUGACCGCACAGGAAUAUCGCUUGCUUCGGUUGAUCCCUCUCGCCGACAUCCACACCUGUUCGCCGAUCGAACUCAAGAAACACGCCCACACCUUCGGCAUCGUCACCCCGAAACGCACCUACUACGUCAAAGCCGAUUCGGAACGAGAGGUGCGCGAAUGGUGCCAGGCCGUGCAACAAGCCAAGAGGGAUCUUACCGCUUCGACGACGGUGACUUCGCUUCCCGACGGCGGGUCCGGAGAUAUCACACCCUUGGGGAAAGGGGCUCGUAGUCCAGGGGUGGGGAAACUGGUGCCGAAUCUACCGAAUCUUUCGACUUCGACCACGGCAGCCGAGCAAAGGGGAAGUUUCAUCCCGUCGCCAGAGUUGCAACCGAUGCGCAACUUCCCUUCGUCGCCUAUUGCCGUGGGAGGUCCGAUCAACGGUACCGAAGCUGGUUCGGGUCUGUCGUCAUCUUACACCUCUACCUCUUCCGGCGGUGGUGGCGGAGGAGCAGCAGGUCUCGGCAUCCCCGGCGCAUCGGGCUCGACCAACCGAAGUGGCUCGACCGCGCCUCCCAACUCGUUCGCGCCCGGUGCGGAAGGAGCCUUGGGUCUUCGAGGCGCGGAUGGCCAUACGCUCGAACUCAACGCCGUCGAUGCGGGACUCGCUCGGCAAGGUUCGCAACAACGCUCGAAUAGUAUCGUCAGUGAUCGGAGUACGGGCAGGGACUCGUACCUCGGUGUGAAUGUCGCUGGGGCUUCGGCAACGGGAGGAGGAGGGGGGGAUUACUUUGGUGGUGGGAGUGGGGCGCUAUCGAGAACUUCGAUGUCGUUGAAUCCACCUCUCAGUCCUGGAGGAGGUGGUGGAGUGUCAAGUUCAGAGGACGAAGACGGGUUCGACACCUACGAUGCUUCGUGGAUUGGUACCUCAACUGCUCCACCCGCUUCCCCCGGUCCGGCAGGGGGAACCUCUCGUCAACUCACCUUUGCCGAACAAGCUCCCACAACACCCCUACGGUCCCCCGUCGCUCCUACUACGAACCCUCCUUCAACCCCUGGAACUGGUUUCACCGACCCCAACAAGAUCAUCCUUUCCGGUUAUUUGAUGAAACAAGGCAAACGCAAAACGUGGCGUAAACGAUGGUUCGUAUUAAUGUCGACGCGGUUGAUGUAUUCGAGGUCGCAUAUGGAAGGCAAGAUCCAUCGGCAGAUCCCGUUGAGUAAGAUCUUGGACGCGAUCGAAUUCGAAGGCACCAAGACGGGUGGGGGUGGGGUCAUGGGUUCGAUUCCGGGAACGCCCUUGUUGGGUAAUGGAGGUUCUUCAAGUACGGGAGGGGGAAGUGGUGGUGCAGGGGGUUUGAAUACGAUGCCGGGCAGUGAUGGUCGCGCAGGUGGAACUGGCUCGACGUUCGAUCAUUGCUUCAAGAUCAUCACUCCGAAAAGAACGUUCUUGGUCUGUGCUCCGUCGGAGGAGGAUGAGAUCAAGUGGUUGGCCGCGUUGCAGUGUCUGGUGCAGAGGAAGAAUGGAACGAAUGGUGCGGUCGUCGGUGGGGUCGCGACGACGAGUGGGGGGUCGGGAGGUGGAGCAGGAGCAGGGGCGCCGAUCGCGCAAACUACGUCGACGUCGAGUGCGUCAUUGGUAGCUCAAGCGCCGCCCGUUACGAGACGACCUUCGGCGCUGGGGAUCGGGAGGAAGAGGAGCGUCACGGAUGCGGCGAAGGAGGCGGUCGAUGAGGUCGAGAGGAGGUAUCAUCCCACGAGUCAGGUUGCGUAG